CUUAUAAAUCUGCGCUGUGCAAGAAUCUAUAGUAAAAACAAUUGCAAAAACACAAAUCACUUUCAGAGAAUUAACUAACAUAUAUGGCACCAGUCUUUCACGCCCUCUUGGGUUCAUUGCUACUCGUUCUUCCUUUGCUGCCUCAUUAUGUUCAUGCAAAUGCACGGAAAAACGUUGGUAAAUAUACAGGGGCUGGUUCACGCAGUCAUGACAAGCUUCAUAUAGUGGGUCGUUCCCACAGGCCAAGGUUCACUGCCGGCCCUUGGAAGCAUGCUCACGCCACAUUCUACGAAGGAGGCUCCGGUACAUUUGGGGGAGCUUGCGGCUACGAAGAUGUAGUUAAAGAAGGAUAUGGGUUGGACACAGCAGCAUUGAGCAAUGCAUUGUUCAACAAUGGGCAGGCUUGUGGUUCAUGUUAUGAAAUCAAAUGUGUGGAAAAUCCUCAGUGGUGCAAACCAGGACAGAAGUCACUUUUUGUUACGGCCACCAACAAUUGCCCCCCAAAUAACCAGCAGUCCGCUGAUAAUGGAGGAUGGUGCAAUCCACCUCGUGAGCAUUUCGAUAUAGCCAAGCCUUCAUUCAGCAAAAUUGCCGAGUACAAGGCCGGCAUUACUCCUGUCAUGUACCGCAGGGUUCCGUGCCAAAAGCAAGGAGGCAUAAAGUUCACAAUAACAGGGAAUCCUUACUUCAACCAAGUGUUGGUCUGGAACGUCGCAGGUGCCGGAGAUGUGACCAGCGUUGAAGUAAAGGGCCACAGGAACCUGAAAUGGACACCGCUGAAACGCCUUUGGGGUCAGAAGUGGGUGACUGACCAGAAAAUGGUUGGUGAAAGACUGACCUUCCGAGUUAGGACGAGUGAUCGAAGAUCCUCAACCUCAUGGCAUAUAGUCCCUAAAGACUGGCAGUUUGGCCAAACCUUCCAAGGCAAGAAUUUCGUCUAGGAAACCUGCUGUGCAUUCUCAACUGGUAGCUUCAUGUAAAUAUUCCAAUUGAUAUAUGUUUAGGAAAGGCGCAAACUAUGCGUUAGAUAAUUAGAAAGGUCCAAAUAAGCUUUGCGGUCGAUCAGAAUAAGAAGGGAUUGUCCAGCUACUAAAUGGACUAGCGAUACUGUAAAGAAAUGUAGGAUUUGUACUUCAUUUUAUAUUAUUCUUUGCCAUUUUGAAAUAUAAAUUUUCGAUGUAA